AUGCCGACCGUGCUGUGGAGCGUGAGCUCCUCCUCAACCGCCACCGACAAUGCCGCCACCGACAAUGAACCGGCCAACUCCAGCUCGGGCGACGACAAGACACCGCAGUUGACGGUCAGCGAAGUCCCGCCGCAGUUUCCUAUCAGCGAACGGCCCCUGGGCGAGCCCAUUUCCAAGAAACGGACCUUCUUCUGGCGCAAGUCGGAAACGCUGGACCUUGACGCGAUUGCGACGCAGCCGUCCGUGUUUGACGAUCCCAAGCUGGCCAUUGAGUACCGGCCCCGGGCAGACUGGGAGAACAUCCACCGGUUCGAUCCGUCGGUGCGGUGGACGUGGCGGGAAGAGAAAGCUCUGGUCCGCAAGAUUGAUUUGCGCAUUUUCGUCUUUACGUGUGUUGCCUUUAUGGCGCUGGAGAUUGACCGUGCCAAUCUCUCACAAGCACUGACAAACAACUUUUUGACGGACCUCCAUCUCACCACGAACGAUUACAAUCUGGGCAAUUCGGUCUUUUCGCUGUCCUUUAUGUGCGCCGAGAUCCCUUCACAGCUGAUUUCGAAAUGGUAUGUUGGCGCAGCAGGGGAAGUUCACGUUCAUGUCACGUUCGUGUUCAUAUCUAAUGCAACUCCAAACACAAACAGGAUGGGACCCGAUCGGUGGAUUCCGCUGCAAAUGAUCUUGUGGAGCAUUGUCGCUGCGAGCCAGUACAAGCUCAGUGGCCGCACGUCGUUCCUCGUCACUCGCUCCUUGCUGGCCAUUCUCCAGGGCGGGUUUAUUCCAGACUCGCAUGACACUGUCCUAACAGCAACACAACAACAACAGAUGAACCUCUUCAUGUCCUACUUCUACACGAGCGCCGAGCUGCCCGUGCGUCUGUCGAUUUGGUGGACGGCCGAGACGAGCGCCAUCGUGCUCGGCUCCUUCAUGGCGUUUGGCAUCCUGCACAUUGACGGCGUCCGGGGCGUCGAGGGCUGGCGGUGGCUGUUCCUCAUCGAAGGCCUCAUCACGCUGGCCGUCGGCGUGUCGGCGUUUUACUUUAUGCCGCCGAGUCCGACACAGACGCGCGGGUUUCCGCGCGGCAAGAAGGGCUGGUUCACCGAGCGAGAGGAAUACAUCAUCAUCAACAGAGCCAUUCGCGACGACCCGUCCAAAGGCACGAUGCACAACAGACAGGCGAUUACGCCCCGGCUUCUGCUCAAGGCGCUCUCUGACUACCAUCUCUGGCCAGUGUACAUGAUUGGCCUUUGCUUUCAGAUGCCAAUGGGACCGCCGUCACAAUAUCUGACAUUGAGUCUCAAGGGCCUUGGCUUCAGCACGUUCCAGACCAACCUCCUGGUGAUUCCCAGCAACGUACUGAAGAUGAUUACGCUCUUAACGGUCACCCGGUUUGCGGGCUGGUCGCACAAGCUGGCAUUCAACGGGAUCAUCGGGCAGGUGUGGGCGCUGCCUUGCCUCGUGGCGCUCUAUGCGACAAACACGACCACCGAGAGCCGGUGGAUUGUCUUUGCGAUUGUCACCGUGCUCCUGGGCUACCCGAGCAACCACUCCGUGCAGGUCGGCUGGGUGUCGAGAAACGCAAACACGGUGCGGUCGCGCACGGUGUCCACGGCCGCGUACAACAUGACGGUCCAGGCUUGCAGUGUCAUUUAUUCCAACAUCUAUCGGUCAGAUGACGCCCCUCGCUACCGGCGCGGCAACAGAAACCUCAUCAUCAUCUGCAUUAGCAACAUAUGCCUCUACCUGCUGGUGAACUUUUACUACAAAUGGGAAAACAACCGACGAGACAAGAUCUGGAACGCAUGGACGCCGGCCGAGCGCGAGCACUACAUCAAGACCACGAAGGACGAGGGCAACAAGCGGCUGGACUUUCGGUUUGAGUACUAA